AAAGAAAAUUCAAAUGCAAACCAAUUACUCAAAUCACAAUUCCCCAAGGCGUCCCUCCUCCCAUUCCCCACAUUCGAGGAAGAGAUCGAAGGCGAGAAAUAGCAAAAAGAAAUAAAUCACCAAAACCAAUUUCCCAAGAAGCUGGUCCAGGCCCAGCAACCCAAGCAUAUAGAGAAGAAAUAACCUCACAGAACGAAGUUCAAGAGAAAAAAGACCAGACCCCACUAGACAACACCAAAAUCUUAAAUCUAUGA